AUGUUUAUAAGAAUUGCAGAAAUAAUAAAUCGUAAUACUAGUAUUAAUAAAUAUGUUGAUGGAAUUGCGGUUCAUUGGUAUGCAACGGUAGAUAUGAUAUUCCCAGAUUUUUAUGAAAUGUAUUUGACAAGAUUAGCAUUUCCACAAUUUUUUUAUUUUGCAUUAGAAGCUUGUGAAGGAUAUUUGAAAGCUGAUGAAGGACCAAAAAUGGGCAUGUGA